CGAGUAAACUCUCCAGUCGCUAGCCUCAAACCAACUCUCUCUACUGUAUCGAUGAAGUUGUUUCAAAGAUGGCGGAUUUCCUGCCGUCCCGGUCCGUUUUAUCUGUAUGUUUUCCAAACUGUAUCCUCACGAGUAACGAGGCAGAACAAUUAAGGAAAUCUAAAGAAAUAGACAAACGUAUUUCGCGGGAUAAGCCGUACGUGAAACGGCUGGUGAAGAUUCUCCUACUCGGAGCGGGUGAAAGCGGCAAGUCCACUUUCCUGAAGCAGAUGCGCAUCAUCCAUGGUCAGGACUUCGAUCAAAAGGCCAAAGAAGAGUUCAAGGCCACGAUUUUUAGUAAUGUAAUUAAAGGGGUGCGUGUGUUGGUGGAUGCCAGAGAAAAGCUCCACAUCCCGUGGGGAGAGGCGUCCAACCAGAGGCACGGAGAGACCAUGAUGGCGUUUGACACGAGGUCGGCCAGGAUGGCCCACGGCAUGGUGGAGACCAAGGUCUUCCUGCAGUACCUGCCCUCCAUCCGGGCCCUGUGGGCCGACACGGGCAUCCAGGACGCCUACGACAGACGCAGGGAGUUCCAACUGGGGGAGUCUGUGAAGUAUUUCCUGGACCAUUUGGAAAAGCUGGGACAGCCGGACUACCUACCGACUCAGCAGGAUAUUCUCCUGGCCCGUAAGCCCACUAAAGGUAUCCACGAGUACGACUUUGAGAUCAAGAACGUUCCAUUUAAGAUGGUGGACGUUGGGGGUCAAAGGUCGGAGAGACGGAGAUGGUUUGAGUGUUUUGACUCUGUCACCUCCAUCCUCUUCCUCGUCUCCUCUUCAGAGUAUGACCAGGUCUUGAUGGAGGACCGUCAAACCAACCGUCUCAGCGAAUCCCUCAACAUCUUCGAGACGAUUGUCAACAAUCGUGUUUUCUCCAACGUCUCCAUCAUCCUGUUCCUCAACAAGACAGACCUUCUGGAGGACAAGGUGCGCUCCGUCCCCAUCAAGGACUAUUUCCCAGAGUACCCCGGGGAGCCACACAGCCUGGUGGACGUACAGAGGUUCCUAGUGGACUGUUUCCGGGGGAAGAGGAGGGACGUGACACAGAAGCCCCUGUACCACCACUUCACCACAGCCAUCAACACGGAGAACAUUCGCCUGGUGUUCCGAGACGUCAAGGACACCAUCCUCCACGACAACCUAAAGCAGCUGAUGCUGCAGUGAUCGCAGGGGGGUUAUGACCUUUUUGAAGUCACCUUUUGACCUUUAACCCCCCCCCCCCUGUGACUCCUCACCGUGACCCACUGACUUGCUGUGAUUGCAGGGUGAUGAGCAGAAGAGUUGUUGUUGUUACACUGUGUCACUGCCUUUUAAGUCACCUUUUGGCCCCUUGACCUUUAACCCCUGUGAGCCCUCACCUUGACCCCUGAUCUCCAGUCACCUCUGGUGCAGGCUGUCACCUAUGACCCUUGACCCCUGAUCUCCAGUCACCUCUGGUGCAGGCUGUCACCUAUGACCCUUGACCACUGAACCCUGUUACCACUUCUAAUGGCCUUGUACCUGGCAGUUCUACCCCCCCCCCUCCUAAACCACUGUAAAUGAGCUCUCCCAAUCCCUCCCCUCACACACCCCUCUCCUCUCUGUAAUGGACUAUUCCAGAGUCUGUAGAUAUGUUGAUGUGUUCUGUAGGAUGAAGUUGCCCUCAGACUCUGAUCCUAGGUCAGUUUUUAAUUUCACCCACUAAUGGUUAAUGACAGGAUAUGGGGAGGGGAAGCUGGUCCUAAAUCUGUUGUUCCAUAUUACUAUAUUCACUCUGUUGGUUCACACUUAACUCUGUUGGUUCACACUUAACUCUCCUGUCUCACUCUGUCAUAUUGUAACCUGUCUGAGAAGUCCAGACCACUGCUGGAGGUUAGCGGUCAAGGGUGAGGGGGUCAACUGGCCUUUCUGUGUUGGAGGGAGGAGUCUAAGGUCGUCACCCACGGCAACCAGGGAAAAGGGGGUGGUAAAUGCUGUAGAACAAAAUGAUGAUGAUGAUGAUGAUGACUGUGUUUUACUGGCGUCAGCCUGUCGCUAUGCACCUCCACUCACACCUGCCCUGAACUGGCUUGAUUCUACACUUCCUUUUCCCUCAGAGCCUGAUUAUGACAUCACCGUGCCCCGCCCCCAUCAUUCUGACAGCCAAUCAGUGUCACUAUCUGGAUGUGGAACCAACUGCAGCGGAGAGCUUGUUACUUGUUGUUGCUGAGGGGGAAGUUAAAGAGUGGAGGGACUUUACAACACUGUACUAAAACUAAUCCUUAAUGAUUCCACAAAUAAGCCUUUUACCACUGUCUGAUGAUUACCUAUCAAACAGAGCUAUACACACACACACACACACACACCCUGCCCAUAGAGACUCUUCUGACCUGAUCCUGGUCUUACUGUUUGGAACUUUUAACUUUUUUUCACAUAGAUUUCUUAUGAAUAUAUGUACCUAAACAUUGUCUUAAGUUAUAUUUGAAAGGUUUUACACACGUUUGAUUUACACCUGCUGAUGGACAGUGUUAAAGGCUAUGGAAGAGGGUGUGUGAACACACACGCUCAGACAGACUGGCUCGGACAGACUGGCUCGGACAGACCAGUUGAUAAACUACUGAGCUAAUUCUCAGGAUACAUUGUGGACCACUGUGUAUGUAGAGCAAUGAUGUUCAUUUGCCUAAGUCCUAAAACACACAGACAGACGGCUGUCCAUCAGAGGCUGGUAGUCUAAACAACUUGCCGGCCAGCUACAUCCCCUCUUCCAGUCCUUUUUUUCUCCCCUCUUUCUGUCCCUCUCUCUGUGUUAGUGUAAGCACGUGAUCAGCCUUAUAAACCCUGUGGAGGCUCAUCCUAGAGGGAAGAGGGAGUGAUCAGCCUUAUAAACCCUGUGGAGGCUCAUCCUAGAGGGAAGAGACAGUGAUCAGCCUUAUAAACCCUGCAGAGGCUCAUCCUAGAGGGAAGAGAGAGUGAUCAGCCUUAUAAACCCUGUGGAGUCUCAUCCUAGAGGGAAGAGACUGAUCAGCCUUAUAAACCCUGUGGAGGCUCAUCCUAGAGGGAAGAGACUGAUCAGCCUUGUAAACUCUGUGGAGGCUCAUCCUAGAGGGAAGAGACCGUGAUCAGCCUUAUAAACCCUGCGGAGGCUCAUCCUAGAGGGAAGAGAGAGUGAUCAGCCUUAUAAACCCUGUGGAGGCUCAUCCUAGAGGGAAGAGAGAGGGAUCAGCCUUAUAAACCCUGUGGAGGCUCAUCCUAGAGGGAAGAGACAGUGAUCAGCCUUGUAAACUCUGGAGGCUCAUCCUAGAGGGAAGAGACCGUGAUCAGCCUUAUAAACUCUGUGGAGGCUCAUCCUAGAGGGAAGAGACUGAUCAGCCUUGUAAACUCCGUGGAGGCUCAUCCUAGAGGGAAGAGACCGUGAUCAGCCUUAUAAACUCUGUGGAGGCUCAUCCUAGAGGGAAGAGACAGUGAUCAGCCUUGUAAACUCUGUGGAGGCUCAUCCUAGAGGGAAGAGACAGUGAUCAGCCUUGUAAACUCUGUGGAGGCUCAUCCUAGAGGGAAGAGACUGAUCAGCCUUGUAAACUCUGUGGAGGCUCAUCCUAGAGGGAAGAGGCCGUGAUCAGCCUUAUAAACUCUGUGGAGGCUCAUCCUAGAGGGAAGAGACCGUGAUCAGCCUUAUAAACUCUGUGGAGGCUCAUCCUAGACAUACUCUUAUCAGUCAGGGGAAAGUGAUGGGGAAACUGUGUCAAAUGAUUUGAUUUCAUUAUGAAUCUUUCUCUCUCUCCUUAACUCCUCACCAACCAAUGUGCCUUUAUCUCUAGCAAACCCCCAUAGCAGGCCUUUUAAAUGAGUUGGACGUUGGGUUUCUACCAACUGAAGGGAAACCAGGAGAAUGAUACCAUUCACAUUGUUGUACCCGUUAUCCAGGGGGCGUCUGAAGUCACACCCUACUACUCUCUAUCUAGUGCACUGCUUUCGGCCCUGUGUGUCUUUGAUAGGGCACUACUUAGUGCUCUGUUAAAAAGUAGUGCACUAUGUUAUUAUUAUUAUUAAGGUAGUAGGGUGCGGUUUUGCACGUAGACUCCUAUAAUCUCUCUCGUUGUCUCACAAGUGAGCGCUAUACCCUAUAUAGUUUUGGAUGCAGUCUGAGUCUCGUUGGCCAAACAUGCUGCAUGUGUAGCUCAAGUCUCUCUCACAAACACGGUCAGCUCUGUCAGGGCUUCUGACUGAUCGCUCCAGGCCACCCCUUCCAUAGCUCCGAGUCAUCCCCAGCACAGAGCUCUUUGUCUGGGCUGAGACUGUGUCAGGCCCCCUUGGCUGAAGGCCACCAUUCCAUCCUCUAUACCAGUCGGAUGGACUGGUGUGACUGGGACCAGUGUCUCCUCCCCCCGCGCCAGUAAGUCAGACCAGACUAGGGUCUGUGAUUUGCCUUUGUCGAUGCUGAACAAACAGGUUUUUGAACAACACACCCUCCUACAGAGGCAGACCCAACUUGUCCCAAAGUGAUCAUUCUAGAAUCAUGUGCAUUCUAGAACUGUCCGUUCUAGAACUGUUUCUAGCCAUUCUAUUUCUAUGGGUGUAGUCAGUCGGUGCUUUUUGCCAAAUGGCCUCCAGAGUGACUCAAUACCCAGUAGACAGGCAGACGGACAGAUCUAUGUCCCCUACUGGUCUUAUUUAGUGAGGGAGAGCUCAAAUAGGAGUCCCAAGUGGCACCCUCUUCCCUAUAUAGUGCACUAAUGUUGACCAGGUCCCAUAGGGUCUAAAGUAGUGCACUAUGUAGGGAAUAGGCUGUCAGACAGACGCAGGCCUUUGUCUGCUCCGGUCAGAGAGAAGGGUAGACGGUCUGCCUGUAGUAACACCGUGGUCAGUAUUCAGUCAGUGUGUAUGUAUCUGCUCCUUCAGGCGAUCUCUCUCUCUCUGUGCUGUUGCUGUGGUUUUCAACGUGUGCCAACGACUCCGUUCCAAUAUCAACGCUAGCCCACUCGUUCGAAUGCACUGCUUCCUUCAUGU